AUGGCUGCUUCUUCAAGUUUAUCAACAAAACGUCGUCUUCUUUCGUGUGAAGAAAAGGAAAAUAAUCAAAACGAUAGCAGCAAUGAUAGUGCGAAAAAAACUAAGAUGAUGCUUGAUGAUCAAAUGAAAAUCCGAAAUCAAAUAAUUGAAGAAUUUCAGAAGCGUAAUCUCGAGGUUCCUAUUCAAAUAAUCGAUGUAAUUGAUCGAUUAGAAGCCAGUAAAAAAAAUCGAAAUGAUGCAGAACAUCGGAAAGAAUUAUAUACUCGUUUAUCUCAAUAUCUUGAUCGUUGUCAAAUUCUAAAUCGUGGUCAAACAUGCAUCCUUCCCGACCUCAUCAAUCAAAUGAUUCGUUGUCGAUUUCCAAAUGACAUUCGAGCAUAUCAGAGAGUCAAAACUUUCAAAAAUGGGAAAUUGAACAAUGUGACAGAAGAAAAUAAAUAUCAUGUUCAAUGGCAGGACUUUUGCAAGAAAAUGCAUUGA